CCUUUAAACGCUCCUCCCACACCCCAAGGAGCAUGCGCAGAGGCUACUUCCUGGCGUGGCGCCCCCCCAUGUGACCUGCAGCGGGGUAGAGGAACAGGGCGGAGAAGUUCCCUUGAGAGCCCCUGCUAGCAGCGCCCCUGUGCGGGGAAAGAGGAGCCAUGCAGAGCGUUAUCAACACGGUAAAGGGCAAGGCGCUGGAGGUGGCCGAGUACCUGACCCCUGUGCUGAAGGAGUCAAAAUUUAAGGAGACUGGGGUCAUUACUCCCGAAGAGUUUCUGGCUGCCGGCGAUCACCUGGUUCAUCACUGUCCUACUUGGCAAUGGGCAGCCGGUGAAGAAGUAAAAAUUAAACCUUAUCUGCCAAGCGAGAAGCAGUUUCUAAUGACCAAGAACGUGCCCUGUUACAAGAGAUGUAAACAGAUGGAGUACUCUGAUGAACAGGAAGCAAUUAUAGAAGAGGACGAUGGAGAUGGUGGAUGGGUUGACACAUUUCAUCAUGCAGGUCUGAACAGUGUUACCGAGGCUGUGAAAGAAAUAACCCUUGAGACACAGGAUUCUGGCAAAGCGACCAGCCGUGCAGCUUGCGAUGAUGACGACGACGAUGAUGAGGGGGAAGCAGCAGAUAUGGAAGAAUAUGAAGAAAGCGGACUGCUAGAUAAUGACGAUGCAACUGUGGACACUGCCAAAAUCGUAGAAGCAAGCAAACCAAAAGCUGAAGGUGCUGAAGAUGCCAUCUUACAGACUAGGACUUACGACCUUUACAUUACAUAUGACAAGUAUUACCAGACACCAAGACUUUGGUUAUUCGGGUAUGACGAGCAACGUCAGCCGUUGACCGUUGAAAAUAUGUAUGAAGACAUUAGCCAAGAUCAUGUGAAGAAAACUGUGACCAUUGAAAAUCACCCUAAUCUGCCACCACCAGCUAUGUGUUCAGUACAUCCAUGCAGGCAUGCAGAAGUUAUGAAGAAAAUAAUUGAGACAGUUGCAGAAGGUGGAGGAGAGUUGGGGGUUCACAUGUACCUUCUCAUUUUUCUAAAAUUUGUACAGGCUGUCAUUCCCACUAUAGAAUACGAUUACACGCGGCAUUUUACAAUGUAACUGCUAUUGUCUAUUUGCAAGUUCCAUUACUGCUCCAAUUUUUAAUGACGGAUCCAUAAAUAUGUAUUUUUUUUUUUUAUUUUUUUUUUUCAUACAUCCAAAUCUGCAACCUUUCUGUAAUAUAUAAUAUGCUUCUUUGAUUAAAUUUCUGCAUUUAAACAUUU